GCUAAAUUCGAUGCUUGUGUAUAGUAGAACAUUCAAAAACAAAACAAAAAAAAUCGUAUUUGGUGGUGGCUUGUUUGCUUUUGAAUUCGCCUCCUUGUUCAACCUGAAGCCAAGUGUUCUUCUUUCCUUUCGAACCUGUCGCCGACAUUUUCACCGGUUCUCUGCUCUUUGAUUCUUCCUCUGCAAAUUCAUUCAAAGGUUUCUUUUUUCUUUUUCCUCUUUUUGAGAAUUUUAUGUCGAGAAUUGUAAGAUGCUGCAAAGGAAAAAAAGGGAACAUUUUUCGCAGAUUUGAUUUGCUUGCUUGCUCGUUGAAUUGAAUUGUUACCCAAUUGGCUUAUGAGUUUGGUGUUGUUGUUAUCUUAUUGAUGAGAUUUCGUAAUUUAAGGUCAGGGUUUUGAGAUUCAGGGUUUUAAGUCGUCUGAUGUUUCUUAGGGUUUAUCAGAAGUUCAAUUUUUUUAGAUGUUCAGAUGGGUUUAUGCGUUUUUAAAUUUUGAUUGAAAAAUCUCGAAUUUAAUAUAAUAACCACUCGUAAGUAUUUUCAAGCCACUCAUUUCGUGAUCACAAGUUCUCAAUAAAAGUCUUUGUGGUAGAUUUAUGCAGUCAUUGUUUUCGAUUUCUUACCAAGUAGACUAUUGUCAUGGAAUUCUAUACAUUUGUUAGCUCUUAUUGAGCUUGGUUUUUGAGAACCAAGUAUAUUAUUUCGAUCUUUGUUUGUGUUUGCUUAUGAGCACAUCCCAAGGUUUAAGGACUUGAUAUUUGAUCUUUAAGAUCGCUUCUUUAACAGAUGAAUGAUAAGUUAGGAUUUGAAGGAGAAUUUAGGCGAUGAUGACUGAUCAGCCAGCACAAAAUGGAUUGAUUCCUCCACCCACUUCAGAGCCAAGCAAGGCUGCUGCCUCAGCAGAGACGAAACCAAAGAAGAGGAUAUGUUGUGCUUGCCCUGAUACCAAGAAGCUGAGAGAUGAGUGCAUUGUCGAGCAUGGUGAAUCGGCUUGCACUAAAUGGAUCGAGGCUCAUAAAAUUUGUCUCCGAGCAGAAGGUUUCAACGUCUGA